AUGGCUCCGAAAACCACUACCGCAACUAAGCCUGCUACCGAUAGAAAGCGCAGAGCUGGUAGGAAGGAGACUUUCAACAGCUAUAUUUUCAAGGUGUUGAAGCAAGUGCAUCCUAAGACUGGUAUAUCCAAGAAGAGCAUGAUGAUCAUGAACUCCUUGGUGAGCGACACCUUCGACCGAAUAGUCUCCGAGGCUGGGCGACUUUGCAAGUAUAGCAAUAAAGGAACUCUGUCUAGCCGCGAGAUUCAGACUGCGAUCCGCCUGGUUCUUCCAGGUGAACUCGCUAAGCACGCCGUUAGCGAGGGAACCAAAGCAGUGACCAAGUUCACUUCCGCCUAA